UCAUUAUUGCAGAUAAGUUUUACAAUAUGAUGUUUCGUGAUAGUGGUCACUUGCUUCCAGAUUUAAAAGUGGGGUUCUAAUUACUACAAUAUAAAAAGCAUGAGUGAUAGCGAUAAUUGGAGCAGAUACAAGAUGGUUUGAUAUCCUUCUCUUCAAGGAAUAAAUACAUGGUGAGCAUAUGUUAUCAUGGGAAGGAUAAACCGAACUCUUUGUGUUUGUAAUAUAGCAUGUUGAUAUAUACGCAUGUCUAGACCCGAUCGAUUGGGCAUAUCUACCAGGAAUUUAUUGACGGGAUUUUUGCUCAUCAAAACCGCGUGACAAGUAAGCUCCCUCCUUAAUUCUUAUAUUUAUCUUAAUCUGCACAUGCACACCCUCAUAGGAAACAUGUACAGAAUUGUAAUUUAGGUGCUUAAUUAGUGUUGUUUCCAUAAGAUUGUAUUAUCUGAGGUGUUGUUUUAGAAUUGUGAAUAGUGAUUGUAUCUCCUCUAAGAAAUUGUCAACUUAAGUUAUUAAAGAGGCUAACCUGAGCUUCCUCUUUAAUUUAGAGGGUAAGAAAGCAAUGACCCACGUCAAAUUGAUUGGGGUUGACAAUAGAAAUAGAACAGGUCUCUUAGGAGUUGAUACUAUCACUGUACUAUAAAACUAUAGAAAAGAUAUUAGGGACGAGACAAUAACUCUAUUUAUCUAUCACUAUAUAGAAAUAAUGUCUAAUAAAUAUGGGGUCUAGCCUGAUCUUUUAUGAAGUAAAAUAAAAAACGACUCUGGACCUUUUUCCCCUUGCCCACCGCGGGAGCCUGGAACCAACCUUGUUCAUCUAGGGUUUAGAUAAUUUGAUAGAUCUCCUUCAUCCUAGCCGCCGCAAACAAAUAUAACCCAUCUCAUCAUUUUCCUCCUCUCCCACCGAUGUCGCCGGCAACAAUUGCUUUUGCCUCCCUGAUCCCUCCUCCACAGUUUCUUACCAAUCAGAUCAACGGAGAGAAACAGAGACUCGAACCCGUCGACGAUGGUGAUUAAGGUUCUUCAGUUUGUCGAUCCAGAAUGAUUCAAGGCUGAAGUCCGCGAUUGAGCUAGCGGCUGCUGUUCCGUCAUGCACAAAUAUGGUUUCCUAAAAUCAAUGGAAGGUGGAAUCAAUUGAAACAAAACCCUAAAUCAAAAACUUUUCUUCUGGGUUUCUCGAAUUUGAAUCGAAACAAAAUCCCCUCCAUUCGUUGUCGAUGAUAAGAGGCGUUAGUUUGGAGUGGAUCUGGGACACACAAAUACGAAACAAAAUCUACUCCCAUUCGACCACUGAUCUUCCUUCUCUCUCUAGCUUUCGCCUUUUCUCCACUCGAUUAACCUUUUUCCUCACACACAAACACCUUUCUUUGGUUGAAUGGCAGAUCGAGACUUGAGGGAAAUUGAGACUGAGGUUUGCAGGCAAGAGCAGUGGGCGAGAGAAUCAAAUCCUUGUUGCCGCUCCGAUCCAUUCCUCAUCCUCCUUCGAGUUCGCCGUCGCCGACUAUGAUGGCGGAGGAAGAAACGAGAAAGGGGAACAGGGGAUGGGAGGGUUCUGCGAGGAAGAUAACAUUUAUUUAUUUGAUUUUUCAUUUAAUUAUAAUAAGAAAAUAUCCAGUUUUGUAUUUUUUAUGAAAAAAUGCCACAUCAUUCAUAAACGUUAGUCUAGUCAGCAUUCUCGAUAUUUCCGUUAAAGUUAUAGACGGAAUGACUAUUUUAGUGUAUCUUUUAAAUUUUAGCUAUUAUUAAAAUUAUUGCUAUCAAGCAUAUUUUGUCUUAUAUUUAAAACUACUGAUAUUAUUACUACAUAAAAUUUUUUCCAUAAAUAGACAUAAACUAAAAUAAUCUUUCUGUCGGCCAACCGAAAAAUAAACUACGGGCCUCUUUUUAAAGCAACACGAGCAUUGCAUACGUUAAGGCAAAGCCAGAAAAUAACUUUACUCACACAAUAAAAACUCCCCCACCGACAUCAAAUCCAUAGGACCGGCCAUGGCCCUAAAUUCCGCCGGCGAAAUACCCGCCGCCGCCGCCAUCUUCCACGCCUUCCUCGCAACCCUCCCAGUCUCCAUCAUCCUCGUACUAAGGCUGAAGAAGAAAAAACGCGUCCCCGCCGCCUCCGAGCUCCCGCCGCUCCCUCCAAGCCCGCCAUCGUGGCCGCUGAUCGGCAACCUCCCCGAGGUAAUGUUCCACACCAAGCCUUUUUUCCGGUGGGUCCACGACGUGAUGAAAGAAAUGAAAACCGACAUCUGCCUCAUCCGACUCCCCGGCGGCGCCACCAUAGUCCCCGUCCUCGACCCCGCCAUCGCCAGGGAGAUGCUGAGGAAGCACGACGCCAGCUUCGCCGACCGCCCCACUUCCCUCGGCAGCCACGUCAUCAGCGGCGGCUACCUGACCGCCGUGCUGGGCCCUCACAACGACCAGUGGCGCAAAAUGCGGAAGGUGCUUACCUCCGAGAUCGUCUCCCCGGCCCGGCACAGGUGGCUCCACGACAAACGAGCCGAGGAGGCCGACAACCUCGUCUUCUACGUCCACAGACAUUGCGUGGCCGGGAAGAGCGUCGACCUCAGGGUCGCCACGCAGCAUUAUUGCGGCAACGUCAUGAGGAAGAUGCUCUUUGGCCGCAGAUUCUUUGGAAAUCCCACCUCCGACGGCGGGCCUGGGCCGACGGAAGUGGAGCACUUGGAGGCGGUGUUCACGGCGUUGAAAAACUUGUACUGGUCGUCCAUAUCGGAUUACUUCCCGGGGCUGAGGGGAUGGAACUUUGACGGAAAGGAGAAGAUCGUCAAGGAAGCGGAUAAAGCCAUCAAAGCUCCCCAAAACCCUAUUAUCGACGAGAGGAUUCGGCAGUGGAGAAGCGGGGAGAGGAAGGAGAUCGAUGACCUCAUUGACGUCUUCGUCACUCUCAAGGAUGACGACGGGAAACCCUUGCUUACUGCUCAAGAAAUCAAGUGCCAGGCUGCGGAAAUAAUGAUGGCGGUGAUAGACAACCCAUCGAAUGCGGUGGAGUGGACGAUGGCAGAGCUUAUCAACCAACCGGAUUUGAUGAGAAAGGCUACGGACGAAAUCGAUCGAGUUGUUGGGAAAGAUUCGCCGCGACUCGUCCAGGAAUCGGACAUAGAAAAACUGAACUACGUGAAGGCGUGCAUCAGGGAAGCGUUUCGGCUGCACCCGGUGUUUCCGUUUAACGUCCCCCAUGUGUCCACCCACGAUACCGUCGUGGCUGGCUACCUCAUACCGAAGGGCAGUCACGCCCUGCUAAGCCGGUAUGGCCUCGGUCGAAACCCGAAGGUGUGGACCGACCCGCUCAGAUUCGACCCUGAGCGCCACAUGGGUGGUGAUGAUGGAGAGGUGGUUCUCACUGAGCACGACCUUAGGUUUAUAUCGUUUAGCACUGGGAGGCGUGGUUGUGUGGGGACGGUGCUCGGGACCUGCAUGGCCACCAUGUUGCUAGCCAGACUGCUCCAGUGCUUCACGUGGACUGCUCCGUCGGGGGGCGUUGAUCUUGCUGAAGCUGAGAACGAGCUCUCCCUUGCCACGCCCCUCCUAGCGUUUCCUGAGCCGCGCUUGGCUCCCCACCUAUACCCUGAAACAAAUUAAGAACGAGUCUGAUCAUUGGUUACAAUUUUUGCUUCUUCGUUGAAUCAGUUACCAUUUUUAUUUUUUGUUAGUUUAUUGUAUUUUUAUUAAGUUUCAUUUGUAACACUCUGACUUUUGAGUUAUCUACUGCUUGAGAGCUUGAAUGAGAGAAUUGAAUCCCAAGCUGGCUACUGACACUCACAUCCUUCCUUGUUGGAAACCACCAUACCACACCAUUAAUUGGUAUGUUGGAGACCAUAGCACUUCUUGACCAUCCUUCACUAAUUCCUCACAGACAAAUUCUAUCUGCAACUGCAAUAAUCCAUUAUCCUGUCCGAACCAUGAGCUGUCCGCCAUGUGGUAGCUUUUGUUUCCUUUGUCUCACACUACAGUACGUGUACACAAACAAGCAUAUCCUAGUAUCUAACGAAAAUCAUGUAUCGAUAAUUGAGACCAAUCAGAGAAUUUCGUCAUCUCAAUAUCUGUAUAUAUCUUCAUUCCUGUCCUACUCACUAAUACUCAAAGACCCCCACCUCUUUUUACCCUGUUCUAACUUCCACCGUCACCACAACCACCAACAUGAAACAUGGACGGAACAAGCAUAGAUGUAGAGAGAGGAAAAGUAGCCGUGUCUAGUGGCGGUGGCAGAAAUUUUAUAUAGGAAUUUUAUAUAGGAGUAUGUUGUUUCAAAAAUUAAAUGAUUACAUAAUUCUUAAAUAAAAAAAUCUAACUAGUACAAGUUACAAUAAAAGUACACGAUGUGUUUGUAUAUUCUGAAAUUGUUAUAAAAUACACUUGGUGUUUACACUGCUCAACAAAUCUCUUCUAAUCUUACUAUACAAUCAUUUAUGAACCGACCACUUAUUCGAUUUCGAAACUUGUUCUUUAAAUUAGUAUCCCAAAACUGAAAAUAUUAUUUCAAACACUUGCAAUUGAAAUCGGUAAAAUCAAUAGCUUUGAAAAUCCAGUAAUCGAAUGGAUAUGAUAGAAUGGAGGGAAUAAGGGUAGCCCGUAAUUGGGUUAAUAGUUAGAUUUUGAAAAUAAUUGGUGGAAAGGAAUAGUAUUUUUACUAUUAAACUUGUAUUUAAAAUAUGACAACAAUUGAGUUGUAGUCUAAUGAAAAACAUGUUUACUAUAGUAACGCCUCCGCCCCUGGGUGUCUCAAUCGAGUGACUACUAAGAUCGGGUACUCCACCGGAAUUAGGAGUGGCGGACGGCGAGGGCUUGUCUAAGCUCUCACCUUAGUGACGAUUAUGAGGUCGAAAAGAAUAGAUAUACUUAAAGCCCAGCGGGAAGGAUUGAAGUCGAUCGUGCUCACGUCUAACGGAAGCUAAGUAGUACUCAAGGUUGAAGUCGAGCAUGGAAAUAGGCGAGGGAACUGGCCAAGGUUCCUUUACCGGCCUUCGACUUUUGGGGUUUACGUAAUUAAUGGGUUGGCCUAAUAUGGAGCGUGGAAGAUGAUGAUGGAGCUCCAGUUGAUCACGAGAUCAACAAAGUAGUUGCAGCCUGAUGGCCUUGUUGUGGAAGAAAGUACUCUAAUGAAAUACGAAGAACAGG